AUGGCCCUAUCGACAGACCUGCUCAAGAUCUCGCCUCUAGCAGCGCUGCUCAACAAGGAUAACGUGUCGAUAAACUCAGUCUAUCAAUUCAUCGAGAAGAACGGCUUCAAUGAUCGCGACCUGCAUACCCUAGAGUCUCUGAAUGGACUAGAGAAAUUAUGGCCAGUUUACAACAAGAAACAGGCCAACACAAAUGCCAUUGUCGUGGCACUCCUUGUUCUUGCCAAGGCCAAUGACGGAUUCGAUCUAUGGACGGUGUUCGAGAAGAGCCCCGAAAAUUUUGGCCAUUUUUACAAAACGGUACUCAAUCUCGUGGCCGGAGACAAGCCAACACGGAUCCAGAAAGUGCGAACCAAACUACUGCGGUUUCUGACCGUUUCUUUCCAGUGGCUUGACUCUCAGUUGGUGCGAUCAGAGGCAGGAGCAUUGGUGUCGGUCUACACAUGGAUGCAUAUGGACGAGAAGGUGCGAGAGAACCUGCUCAAGGGAAACAAGCGACUGGGGAAGCUCUGGAGAGGCGCCAUGAAAGCCUACGACAAGGGCGACAAGAAGGAGGACAUCGAUAAACAGUCUUCGUUUCUAUCGACACUUACAGACAUCAUGUUACAGAAGGAGCACGAUACGGAGUUUGUUGACACAUAUCUGUGUUUUCUCAUCUCUAUUGUGUCGCAAAUCCCCUCAAGACGAUUCGCCAACAGUGUUAUCAAGUCCAAGAAUGUGUGUUCAUUGUUGAAGAAGUGUAACGCCGAUUUGCUCAAGACCCUCGAUUUUUACGUGCAUUUUCCCAUGGACGAUUUCUCCGGCGAAGAGCUGACUCCUCUGCAAGUGCGAAAGCUGCAGACCCAGUAUCUGGAAAAGUUCCAGCUCUAUGCAUUCGAGAAUCUGCCUGAAAAGCUGCGACUCGCGAGUUUGUGUAACUUUGCAUCUCUCACAAAGGAUGAGGUCAAGAAGGAGCUGUCGAACCUGUCCAAGGCUGAAAUUGAGAGCCUGUUGAACCUGCUGGGAAGCUCAGGCAAGAAACUGGUGACUCUCAACUACCAGUUGGCAUCUCUCACUUCAAACCGAAACCUGAAUGCCGAGUUUGACGCUAUAGACCUGCUGCCUACAGAAAAGUCGCUCAAUUCACAGUACUCCGAGCUUACUCUACCCCGACUUACUCUGCAGUAUCUCAGUAUGAACGACUUUAUUCUCAAGUCGUUGCGUCUUCAGCAGGUCGAGAUCUUCCAUCAGAUCAAUAGUGAUGUGGAGAAUGUCGUCAACCGUCUCAAGACGAGAAAACGAAACGACGCCGGAGAGGAAAUCACAGGAUUCAGCAAGUACGCUACAAAGAUCCUUAACGAGGCUGUUCUGCAUGUGGCACCUCCUUUUGUGGGCGAGUCCAAUCCCGGAUACUGCCGUGUGGAGAUCACCGUGGAUAUUUACAGACAGGACAAGCGAGAAUGGGACUCAUUGAAACCUGGUGACGUCGUGUUUUUGCUGAAGUUGGGGACAGGGCUUGAACAGCUGCGUGGUGCUUUUGUGCACGAUAUCCUCGACUCAGAUAAUAAGAGUAUUGUGCAAUGGAGUGGGUACAAUGAGAUUGAGUCGUCCCAGCGAAAGUUCAUAUUGGACGUGGAUCCGGCCCAUUGGGGCGAUGUCUUUCAGGCCAACGUUCUUAUGAGAAGAAAGUCCAAGGAGGCAGCCUUUUAUCCUACCCUGAAGACUAUCCAUGGUCUACACAAAAUCCGGUCUAUUCUCCCUGAGUGGAUCAGUGGAGUGUUUUUAGGCUACGGAGAGAUCCCUGAGCAGCCUACGGGUGUGGUGGAUUUGCUAGACACUUUCCAGACUAGCAAACAGGUCUAUGAAGCUUUCCCCGAAAAGUUUGAAUGUACUGAGGAGGCUUCUGCUCCAUUCAAGCUUGAUACCUCGGAUGACAAGUGGAGCUUGAUUCCUUACACUCCUGUGGAUAAGGGGCCUUAUUUUGUUCAAGAAGAUCACUCCAAUAAGCUCAAGUUCACACAAGCGCAAGGUCAGGCCAUUGUUUCCGGCACUCUACCUGGUCUCACUGUGAUAGUCGGCCCUCCCGGUACCGGUAAGACUGAUGUGGCUACUCAGAUUAUCCUCAAUCUGUAUCACAGUCAUCCCUCUGAGGUUACAUUGGUGAUUGCUCAUAGUAACCAGGCUCUGAACCAUUUGUUUGAGAAGAUCGCUUUGCUUGAUGUUAACCAGAAACACCUCCUGCGAUUGGGUCAUGGUGAAGAUAUGAUUCGGGAGGAGGUGUCUAAGGGAGGUUCUUUUAGCAAGGUUGGUAGAGCCGAAAACCUGCUUGAGGGACGUGCCACCUUGCUACGGGAGGUGGACAGCCUGGCCGAGAGUAUUGGUGCUGAGGGUGCUCAUGGAGAUAGUUGUGAGACUGCGCAUCAUUUCUUCAGAGUCUUUGUGCUGCCCAAGUAUCAAAAGUGGCAGAAGGAAGGCGGAAAGUUCCCGUUCGAUGAAUUUUUCAAGGAUAAGAAGGACCAUUCUGAUGCGGGCAAGUGGUACCAUAUUGACAGGAUCUUCACCGAUCUUGCUGACAUUCGUCCUGUGGAACACAUGUCUGGCAAGGCUCAGAGUGACUACAUGCUUGUCAAGGAAGCUAAGGUGGUUGCCAUGACAGCCAAAUAUGCUUCGAUGCAUCACGACUCGCUAGUUAGGUUGGGUUUCAGAUACUCUUCGCUUGUUGCAGAAGAAGCUGCCCAGCUAACCGAGAUUGAGUUGGUGAUCCCCAUGACUCUUCAGAAGGAGACAGACGCGCUCAAGCGGGUGGUGUUGAUCGGAGAUCACAAGCAGAACGCCCCCAUUGUGACUAAUGAGCUAGUUCGCAAGUGCAACUUUGAUCAAAGCACGUUUGGCCGAUUUAUCCGGCUUGGCAUGCCCACUUUUCUUCUCGACUCCCAGGGACGAGCCAAGCCAUCGAUUUCAGACAUUUACGGUUGGCGGUAUGGUGGGCUCAAGAACCUACCGCACACCAAGGAGGGCGUCUACCAGUACGCAAACUCUGGCUUUCUGCAUGACGUUCAGUUCAUCAAUGUGGAUGACUACGAGGGACAAGGAGAGACCGAGGUGGCACCUCACGUCAUCCAGAACCUCGGCGAGGCUGAAUAUGCUAUUGCUCUGUACCAGUACAUGAGACUUCUUGGCUAUCCUGCUGACAAGAUCACCAUUCUGACAAUGUACAAUGGUCAGAAGGCCUUGUUGCAGGAGAUUUGUUCUCGACGAUGUGCCUCUACAAAGGGCGACCGGGAGAUUUUUGGGAUGCCUAGAGUCAUCACCACGGUCGACCAGUAUCAGGGAGAGCAGAACGACUACGUCAUUGUUUCGCUUGUGCGAACAAAGCAUGUGGGUUAUCUGCGGGACGUACGACGUAUGACGGUUGCAGUGUCUCGAGCUAGAUUGGGUCUCUACGUUCUUGGCCGUUAUGACAUGCUUGCCCAAUGCGUCGAGCUGGAGGAGAUGAUGAAGAAGCUUGGAGGUUCUCAUAACCUGGAGGCUGUUAUGGGAGAAAUGUAUGAGCAAAAGGAGCGCCUGUCAGGAGACAAGCCAAAGGACGCUGCUGCCUCGGUGACUCUGACGGGCGUUGUCCACCUCGGCCAGUAUGUCGAGCAGAUGACGCAGCAGUACAAGUCUCGUCAUGGCUUAGUCUGA